GCAGCUCGCUGUGCGAACGCCGCGGCCGGCCAUCGGAAAUCAGCUACCAGGGUCUGUCUCCCCGCCGCCGCGCGCGCUUUGACAAAGUGCGGGCUGGGUCCAAGCUCCGGCGCGCGGGUGUGAGGGAUGCUCUCCCGGCUUCUUCCGCGUUGGGCGCUUUCACCUUGGUCGUCCCGAGCGCGGCCACCUUCUUUUUUCUCACUCUGUCUACUUCUUCCGUUUCUGGGAUGGUUUUCCUUUAGGGCUUCUGGACUUGUUCUGGAGUCCACUUGGUCAUUGGGACGCUGUCGUGGAAGCCUCACUCUGGAGUGCGGUUCCCGCGAAGACCCCACGGGGUGACUCCUCAACUCUGCCACCACCCCACCAUGAACGGGGUCGUAAUCCCCCAAACGCCUAUUGCUGUGGACUUUUGGAGCCUGCGCCGUGCAGGUACGGCGCGGCUCUUCUUCUUAACCCACAUGCACUGUGACCACACGGUGGGUCUGUCUAGCACUUGGGCCCGGCCCCUCUACUGCUCUCCCAUCACUGCUCGCCUCUUGCAUCGUCGCCUGCAGGUGUCUAAGCACUGGAUCCGGGCCCUGGAGAUUGGCGAGAGCCAUGUAUUACCUCUAGAUGAAAUUGGGCAAGAAACCAUGACUGUAACCCUCAUAGAUGCCAAUCACUGCCCUGGUUCUGUCAUGUUUCUCUUUGAAGGAUACUUUGGAACAAUUCUAUACACAGGUGAUUUUCGAUAUACACCAUCCAUGCUAAAGGAACCUGCUCUGAUACUGGGGAAACAGAUUCAUACUUUGUAUCUAGACAACACUAAUUGCAAUCCAGCCCUAGUUCUUCCUUCCCAACAAGAGGCUACUCAGCAGAUUGUUCAGCUAAUCCGACAGUUCCCACAACACAACAUAAAGAUUGGACUCUAUAGUCUAGGAAAAGAAUCACUGCUGGAGCAACUAGCCCUUGAGUUUCGGACCUGGGUGGUAUUGAGUCCUCAACGCCUGGAGCUGGUACAGUUGCUGGGCCUGGCAGAUGUGUUCACAGUUGAGGAAGAAGCUGGGCGCAUCCAUGCUGUGGACCAUACGGAGAUCUGCCAUUCUGCCAUGCUUCAGUGGAAUCAGAGUCACCCUACCAUUGCUAUUUUCCCCACAAGCCGGAAAGUACGCAGCCCUCACCCCGGCAUCUACACCAUCCCUUACUCUGACCAUUCAUCCUACUCCGAGCUCCGUGCUUUUGUUGCAGCGCUGAGGCCCUGUCAGGUGGUGCCCAUUGUCCAUCAAAAGCCUUGUGGAGAGUUCUUUCAGGACAGCUUGAGUCCUAGGCUCUCUAUGCCUCUGAUUCCACACUCUGUGCAGCAGUACAUGAGUUCCUCCUCUAGGAAAACAAAUGUGCUUUGGCAGUUAGAAAGGAGGCUCAAGAGGCCAAGAACUCAGGGUGUUGUGUUUGAAUCCCCUGAGGAGAAAGCUAAUCAGGUUAAAGUUGACAGAGACUCAAAGAAGCACAAAAAGGAAAACCUCUCUCCUUGGGCUGGGGACCUUGAGAGGCUUUGCCCCCAUCCUCUGCAGGCCAGGAAGCAGUUGUUCCCAGACUUCUGCAGGAAAGAACGUGAUGAGCCAGUCCUCUUUUGUGACUCCAACAAGAUGGCAACUGUGUUGACUGCCCCACUGGAAUUUUCAGUGCAAUUACAGCCUAUAGAUGAGUUUCUCUUUCCAGAAACCAGGGAGAAAAUUGACUUAGGGUCCCCAUUGCUGUCAAGGGGAGACAGUGGCUCACCAGCGAGAGGGAACCAAAAUGACUGCAUAGGCUGUGGUUCUCCCCCGUCCCACAUUAGCAGAGCUACUCCUCUACCUCCUGAGUCCAGGGGCCUGGCGCUGAAAUACCUUCUUACGCCAGUGGGUUUCCUCCAAGCAGCGUUCUCUUCCAGGAACUUUGACAAGCAAGUGGAAAAACACCAGAGAGUACAGUGUAGCAGUCCUGCAGUUCUGAACACGGUGGAUGAUGGCUAGUGACAGGAGGUGGCUUGGUGUCUUCCUUUACAGAACCCUGGGGCACACCCUGAGCAGCUUUUCUAAAGCUUUUCAUGAAGUCCUAGUGCCUAUGAGACCCUUAGUUUUAUAGUACACUAUAUUGUUUAUUUUAAUUUUAUUAUAUUUAAGAAACAGUUUUCAUUAUAUUCAGUGUUCAUAAGCACAUUAAAAGUUCUAAGAAGUUC